AUGGCAGGGAAAAUAGGCCGAUUGGAACCAUUUGAUAGUGCAGUUGAAUCAUGGGAUUCAUAUCACGAACGCCUUGAACAAUAUUUUAUUUGUAAUGAAGUUAAAUCAGAGAAGAAAGUACCCAUUUUACUUACACUGAUUGGUGGAAACACUUAUUCACUGCUGCGAGGGCUCACGAGACCCAAGAAACCUUCAGAAGUAUCAUAUGGCGACCUAGUAGCGACAUUACGAAAGCAUCUAUGUCCAAAGCCUCUUGUCAUAGCUGAACGUUUUCGCUUUCAUAAGAGGGAGCAAGCAGAAGGUGAGACUAUUCUUGAUUAUGUAGCAGCACUGAGGAAGUUAUCUGAACAUUGUUUAUUUGAUGAGGCUAUUCUGGAUGAUAUGUUACGCGACAGACUUGUUUGUGGCUUACGCAAUGAGCAUAUACAAAAGAAACUUUUAUCUGAGGCUGAACUAACCUUUACGUCUGCUACGGAUAUAGCCGUUGCUAUGGAGACAGCAGCCAGGGAUGCUACAGAACUACAGUCUAAGCACAGUCCUAGUGCAAGUGUACAUAAACUACAUACUAAAAAGAAAUCUCACGGAUAUGGUGGAACAUCAGGGAAAUAUACGCGCAAGGGAGGAAAAUCAUGUUUCCGGUGCAAUGGUGACCACAACCCACAAAGUUGUUAUUACAGAGACAAGGAGUGUUUCAAGUGUCACAAGAAGGGUCACUCUAAACAUGCGUGUCGCAGCCAGAAGAAAAAUAAGAUGAGUGUUCACAUGAUAAAUCAAAAUGACAGUUCAGAUAGUGAUGAGAUCUACAUAAAGACUUUAGAGAUGGAUAUUAACUCCAUGAGAAGAUCAGAUGAUGUGAUAAGGAUCACACCCAUAGUAAACAGUGUUAGUCUGGAAAUGGAAUUGGAUACAGGAGCUGCAGUAUCUGUUAUUCCCGAGAAAAUAUUCAAGGAGAAAUUUCCAAACGUCAAGUUGAAACCCAGUGACAUUCUGUUAAAGACUUACACAGGAGAAAGAAUAAAACCCGCAGGUGUCGCAAAAGUCAGUGUGAGAUACCAGGACCAGCGAAAGGACCUUAAUCUGUAUGUUGUGAAGAAAGCUGGAGUAACACUGUUUGGUCGAGAUUGGCUGAAGCAGAUUACACUGAACUGGCCAGAAAUAAAAGCGCUUGCAACAUGCAAAGCAGAGAAAAAUCUCAAAAUUGUGUUAGAUAAGCAUUCGAGUGUAUUCAAGGAUGAUUGGGGAACCUUGAAAGGAAUCAAGGCCAAGUUGACAGUUAAACCUGAUGCAAAACCCAAGUUUGUCAAAGCCGGACAGGUACCUUAUGCACUUAAACCUAAAGUUGAGGUAGAACUAGAGAAGUUGGUGAAAGAUGGUGUACUGGAAAAGUGCAACUUUAGUGAAUGGGCAACACCAAUUGUACCAGUCAGCAAGAAGGAUGGUUCAGUUCGUGUGUGCGGAGAUUUCAAAGUGACUCUUAACCCAGUAUUAGAAGUUGACCAGUACCCUCUUCCAAGAAUUGAAGAUAUUUUUGCUGCUCUGUCUGGAGGACAACAAUUCUCAAUAGUGGAUUUAAAACAUGCUUACCUACAGAUGGAGGUAGAAGAAGAUUCACGUCCCUUACUUACGAUAAACACAGAGAAAGGCUUGUAUCGUUACAAUCGCCUAGUGUAUGGUGUUGCGUCUGCGCCAGCAAUUUGGCAGCGUUCGAUGGAUAUGGUGCUUCAAGGACUUCCUGGAGUGAAGUGUAUCAUCGACGAUAUGAUCAUCACGGGCAAAGAUGAAGCAGAGCAUUUACGAAAUUUAGACGCUGUGCUUGGCAGAUUGACAGAAUAUGGACUCAGAGUAAAUUUGGACAAGUGCCAAUUUUUCAAGGAUAAAGUAUCUUUCUGUGGACAUGAAAUUGACCGUCAUGGAUUACAAAAGACACAGAAGAAGAUAGAAGCUGUUGUAAAUGCACCACAACCUACUAAUGUGUCCGAGCUUCGUUCAUUCUUGGGGAUUGUGAACUACUAUGCACGUUUCAUUCCCAAUUUAUCUACAGUGCUUCACCCACUGUACAACUUACUGGAAAAGGACCGCAAGUGGUGUUGGACAAAACACUGUGAGGAGGCUUUCAAGACUGUUAAAAAGCUCAUAACAUCAGAUGAAGUACUUACCCAUUAUGAUCCAAACUUACCGUUAUGUCUUGCGACAGACGCCUCUCCUUAUGGCCUUGGGGCUGUUUUGAGCCACAUAAUGCCCAAUGGUGAAGAGAGACCAAUUGCUUAUGCGUCACGUUCACUCAGCACAUCUGAGAAAAACUACUCACAGAUAGAGAAGGAAGCUCUAGGAAUUAUCUGGGGAGUAAAACGUUUCAACACUUAUGUUUAUGGAAGAAGUUUUCGUCUCAUUACAGACCACGAACCACUUAUCUCUAUAUUUGGUCCAAAGAAGGGAAUCGCAAACACAACAGCAGCUAGGCUGCAAAGGUACGCAUUGUUCCUUGCUGGCUACAACUAUGAUAUAAUCUACAGAAAUACGAAGAAACAUGGAAAUGCUGACAGUUUAUCCCGCUUACCUGUCACAUGUGAGAGUAGCGGAUUGGUGGACAAAGAAGAAGAAGCGGAAGUGGAGAUGUUGCAUGUCAGUCAACUGGAACAUCUACCUAUCAAACCUGAAGCAAUCCAGCGUGAAACUAGGCGUGAUUACCUCUUAUCGAAAGUUUAUGAUAAUGUGUCCAGAGGUUGGUGUGCAAAUUCCGAGUCGAAGGAGAUGGAUCCAUACUUUACACGCCGUAGUGAACUUGCUAUUCACCAGAACUGUCUAUUAUGGGGAAUACGUGUUGUGAUUCCGCCGUCACUGCGAAGUCAAGUUUUGGAUGAGCUACAUCAAGGUCACAUUGGUGUUGUUAAAAUGAAAACCUUAGCAAGAAGUCAUGCUUGGUGGCCAGGGAUAGAUCGGGAUAUAGAACUUUUGACAAAGAGCUGUGCUAGAUGUCAGGCAGUAAAGCAUGCACCACCAGCCGCACCUAUUCACCCCUGGGAAUGGCCGUCUAGGCCUUGGGAAAGGAUCCAUAUCGAUUUUGCGGGUCCGUUUCUCAAUUCAAUGUUCUUAGUCAUUGUUGACGCUUACUCUAAGUGGCCAGAGGUGAUACCUAUGAAAACUACCACAUCUUCCCAGACCAUAGAUGUAUUACGUACCGUUUUUGCACGUAAUGGCUUACCAUCACAAAUUGUAAGUGACAAUGGACCUCAAUUCACAUCAGAAGAGUUUGCAAAUUUUACCAGAGGAAACGGUAUAAAACACAUAACCUCAGCACCCUAUCACCCCAGUACUAACGGUUUAGCAGAAAGAUUUGUGCAGUCAUUCAAGAUGAGUCUCAAGUCGAGUAAAAAGGAAAAUGGUAGCAUGGUGAAGAAACUCAGCAAUUUUCUAAUGGCUUACCGUAAUGCUCCACAGUGCACAACAAAUGAAAGUCCAGCAAAACUAUUCAUGGGCAGAAACUUACCAUCUCGUUUAGAUCUCAUGAAACCAGAUGUCAGGAGGAAAGUAGAGGAGAAACAGUGUGAAGUGCGCGAAAGAAGAAAAAGUGUGUUACGUAAAUUCGAACCAGGAGAUUCUGUUGCUGUUCGUGACUACCGAAAGGAUCAUUCUCAGUGGACUUCCGGAACUGUGACAGCUCAGACUGGACCUGUAUCAUAUUCUGUAGAAGUAACACCAGGAGUCACAUGGAGACGACACGCUGAUCAGUUGCGUUCUUCGAAUGUGCCAAUUCAGGAGGACUUACAUAUUCAACCUAGUAACACAGCUGAGAGUCAACAACCAGUAAAGUCAAACAUCGCAAAACAGAGCUCACCCGCGUCCAAUGCAGAACCACGCCCUUCGCAUCCAUCCAAUGAUGACCGUGCCAUGCCAUCUACUCAAGCCGUCCCUGAGCCAAGAUAUCCAAGUCGUGUCAGGAAACCGCCCAAACAUCUUGCAGAUUAUGUUUGA